ACAACCAGAUGGUUCAAACAAACCCCUUUUUUUCUGUUUGUUAUCGACAGAGGGGCGGAAAUCACGAAACGGAGCGCGCAUUUAAGAGCGGGAACCGACGAAAUCAUGGCAUUUAAGAGAUCCAAUUUCCCCCAAAUCGCUGAUGCACUCAUUUGAAUUCCAAUCCACACCGCACUCGCAACUAAUUCAUAAUCAUACCUGCAAAUACGUCCAUAUUCAUUCACCGAUUGCAUUAAAAGUCUUAUCUUCUUUCACAUUCAACGACUUUCAUCUCCUUCAAUUUGCAGAAUACUGAUCGCCGUAGUGUUUUUACAAGUCUUGGCAUAGGGAAGUGAAGAGUGUUCUAAAAUGUCGACCAUGGGUAACCCAACAAACGUUUUCUGGCAUGAAUGCGCAGUUGGGAAGGCCGAAAGGCAAAAGCUGAUAAACCAACAAGGAUGUGUUGUAUGGAUCACAGGUCUCAGUGGGUCAGGUAAAAGUACACUUGCAUGCUCAUUGGAUAGAGAGCUUCACUCCAGGGGAAAGCUCUCCUACGUUCUCGAUGGUGACAAUGUUAGGCAUGGAUUGAAUAAAAAUCUUGGGUUCUCAGCUGAAGAUAGAACCGAGAAUAUCCGUCGUGUUGGAGAAGUAGCAACACUGUUUGCGGAUGCUGGCUUAAUCUGCAUUGCCAGCCUGAUAUCUCCUUAUAGAAAGGAUCGUGAUGCAUGCCGUGCAAUGUUGACAGAUGCAAAUUUUAUAGAGGUUUUCAUGAACAUGACUCUUGAAGUAUGUGAAGAAAGAGAUCCUAAAGGUCUUUACAAACUUGCACGAGCUGGAAAGAUUAAAGGGUUUACUGGGAUUGAUGAUCCUUACGAACCACCUUUGAACUGCGAGAUCAAUAUCGAACAGAAGGAUGGAGUUUGUCCAACACCAUCCGAAAUGGCUGGGCAAGUAGUUUCUUGCUUGGAUGAAAAUGGUUUUCUUCAUGCUUGCAAUUGAAAUUGAUUUCAACUUGUGAUUUGUCAUUGGUCUAAGGAUGAAUGGUAUCAUUCUCUAACUGUUGUAGGAAUGGAAAAUCUUGGUAUAGUACAAAACAGUAGCAUUGAUUGAAUAUUCGUUUUGUCUUUUUAGAGGGAGGUGGGCAAAGCUAACACACCAAACCGAAUCACGACUCGAACCGAACCCUAUAAACCCCAUUCCUUGCUAUCUUGCUAAUGCACCUCUUCCUAUAUUUACUUUCAAGUGGUAAAUCAUGAAUAAAAUUAAAGUGGUCCACUUAUUAUGUAAGUGGCAAGACAAAUCAUCAAACAAUAUUACCUUGUGAUGUUUGGACCUGUUAAGAGAGAGAAACAAAUAUUCUGUUUUAGAAUACGAUUUAAAUCUAACUGAACAGUAGGUUUAUAUGCAAGUUGCAUAUUGCUUUCAAAGUUGCGUACAUCUCAUGGCAGCAACCUUACUAGAUUGUCGACAUGAUCGUGCCAAGGAAAAACUUGAGGCUGC